UCGUCGCUUUACACAGUAUGGCCGGCGAUAUUAGCUAGCGCUCGCUCAACCGCGUUCUCUGUAACGGGGAAUAAAACAGGGAAAAAAAAAAUAGACUUUAGCGGAGAAUUUAACUAUCCAUCGUAAACAACAACGAUAAUAUCCGAACGUCACCUUCAAUAAAGCAAUUAUCGGCGUAAAAUAUUUACAGGCUGAAUUUCAAAUCUAAUUAGAAGCUAAGAAUUCUAUUUAAGUAACGGACCAGAAAAAAAAAAAAAAGAACCGAGAAGGAAAUUAUCAGCAGGUAGUUAUUUUUUUCCGUUUGAAGUUAUUUUCUGCGUUGUCGGUGGGUCUCCGGCUGCCCGAGGAGAGAGAGAGAGAGAGAGAGAGGCGGGCGACAAGAUGAAGAUGGAGGAGAGCGCCGCGCACUUCUUUGAGGGAACCGAGAAGCUGCUGGAGUUGUGGUUUAGCCAACAGGACGUGAGCAAAGGAUCCGGGGACCUCCGUGACAUCCCAAGGUUUGAGUGGGACAAACUUUUGGAGAAUGUGCAUUGUUUGAUCAUAAGUGUGACGAAAACUGACAAGCAGGAAGCUUAUGUACUCAGUGAGAGUAGCAUGUUUGUCUCCAAGAGACGUUUCAUUUUGAAGACAUGUGGUACCACCCUCUUACUGCAAGCACUGGUUCCCCUGUUAGAGCUCGCCAGAGAGUAUUGCGGGUUUGAUGGCAUCCAAAACUUUUUUUAUUCCCGCAAGAAUUUUAUGAAACCAAACCAUCAAGAAUACCCGCAUCGGAAUUUCCACGAAGAAGUUGAAUUCCUAAAUCAAAUUUUUCCCAAUGGAGCAGCAUAUUGCAUGGGGCGAAUAAAUUCUGAUUGCUGGUAUUUGUAUACUCUGGACAUUCCAGAUGAAUAUGUUAUCAGUCAACCAGAUCAGACAUUGGAAAUUCUAAUGAGUGAGCUUGACCCAGAAGUUAUGGACCAGUUCUACAUGAAAGAGGGUGUUACUGCAAAUGAUGUCACUCGUGUGAGUGGAAUUCGUGACCUGAUAACAGGUUCUGUCAUUGAUGCUACAAUGUUCAGCCCUUGUGGUUAUUCAAUGAAUGGGAUGAAAUCAGAUGGAACUUACUGGACUAUUCACAUCACUCCAGAACCAGACUUUUCAUAUGUUAGUUUUGAAACAAAUGUAUCUCUAACAACCUACGAUGAUCUGAUUAGUAAAGUUGUGGAUGUUUUCAAGCCAAGGAAAUUUGUGACCACCCUCUUUGUUAAUCAGCUGCAGGUACCUCGGGAUCAACUGUGUACAGGGCACAACUCAGAUGCGGCCUGAAGCAGCCAUGGUCUCCUGUGGCCAGUCUUGUUACCUCCUGGAAGACCUUUUACAGUAAGAGGGAACACCAUGCAUAACUUGCGAUAAGGUUGAACCCACUAUGAUUGCCAACUGUGCUGUCUUCUCAGAUCCCUUAAAAACCAGUGCAAAUGGCACCUAGUGCUUAUAUUACUUAAGAGCUGCAUGCUCUGGUUUCUGGUUGUCUCCCACUGUAGAAAAUGCAACUACCAACCAGCCUGAGCCUGUCAAACUAGUAUACACCGUACAUAUUAUAUGAUGGGACUAGGGGGAAACAGGACCUUGUCUUGGAAAUGGUAAAUGUAGUCUGAUCUGCCGUUUCUAAUGGAAUCUUACAUGUGUGUUUUUUUUUUUUUUUUUUAAUAAAGAGUUCUAAAUGUCGUACAACAUUCAGUUGUGCUCAGAAGAUUGAAGGCUUUAGACGUGUGGAUCGGCAGUUUGCGCAGUUCAAUGACUACAAUUUUGUUUUCACCAGUUUUGCCAAGAUCCAGCCACAGCAGAGUUGAUUAGAAGUAAUGAAGAAGAAACGCAAAAAGAAAACUAAUGGUAGAGGUGGUGGGUGCUUUUUAGAUACCGGGGGCCAUGCUUUCUACAUCCAUCACCUAGUAGUUGCUGGAAGCCCUAAAUAUAAUCCUAGUAUGAGUUUAAAUUGUAUCCAUUAUUAUAACAAGGAGAUAGAUAACUUGCAUGAAUGCUCUCUCCCGUGUGUAGGUAUUCUAUGCCACUCUUGCUGUGAAAUUAAAGUGCAUGUAGAUGCGUUAAACACAGACUGUAUGAGACUCAAUAGCACAUGUAAAAAUGCACAUUGUUGUACACAUCGCAUCUGUUUUUUACAGGCAUCUCCAAAAAUUCACCACAGACAAGGUUUUCGGCCACCCUAAUUUUGGUCUUAGAAUUAAAUUGCAUGGUAAUCCUCAUACAAUCAGGCCUGUAUUGCAGGGCCAUGAGUAGUAUUUUUUUUCACUGUAAAAAAACGGUUUUAUUACAAAAUCCAACAGUUUGGUGCUAGCACCUGCUCAAGUUAUUUCUUUGGAGUGGAUUUAUAUCCUUUCAAUGUAUUUCACUGAUGGUGCUAGGCUUAUUACAGAAACAUCAUUCAUUAAAACAGUAGAGAUACGCUAGUGAUAGGAUAAAUUGAUGCAGGAAAGAUCAACCUCAUGAAAUCUAACAUGAUCCAGGCCUUUUUGUCUUUAACUGGAGUGUUCUCUGCAAAACAUUAGCUGUUUCUAACUGUAAACAAUAUGCUGUAACCCAGCUCAGAUCCUGCUCCAGUUUGCAUCCCAUUUGAAAUGAAUGCCUUUUCAUCUGUCUAAAAAGGAAACCUGUGACAUUGUGCAUGUGACAACUAUGCUGUAUUUGGCAGUGCUGUAACCUCAUGCACUCUCCCUUGUGAAUUGGUGUGGUGAUUUCCUUUAUACCAUGAUUAGGUAGCUUUAUGUGAUGAACAUUGGGACUUACUGGGACAGCUCAAAUGCUUAGGCUUCGUUAUUUUGUAAUUCAAUUGGAAAUGAAUUGUUGGUUAGCCUUAGUUAGAUAAGGCUUUCCAAAACUUGCCUAGCUCUGAACUGACCUCUUGAACUGUUUUGACAUUCCCACUGUCUUUCUGUAAUACUGUCUAUAUCCUUUUGCAUAUAGUUCAGUUAUAUUCCAUGUCUUUAUCAACACUUUUUAUAGUGUUUAGAACAAUAAUAUAGGGGUUGUACCAUCUGUUAUUUUUUGUAAGCAUACAUUUUUUUUAAAGCUUUCUGUUGCUCCUCUGGGAUAUUUCUAGUGCUUCUUUUUGAGGACCAAUAUUUUGCAUAGUUAAUGUUUUUGCUGUCUAAAUAACGCAAACCCCUUAAACAAUGGGCUGCAAUUGUAGCAGGUUUCAGAGUAUGAGCAUGGUCAUGGUGAUGACAUCCCAAACAGACAUUGUAUUUGGCUGCCUUUUAUCAAAGUCACAUGAUUCCCAUGCCUGUAAAAUGCAACCUGUUGGAAGAUGAAUUCUGUUAAAGUCGGUUUGGGAAAGCAUUUUCCAUAAGGGUUUAUACAUUGAAAAGUCCAUUAUAUUGCACUAUACUGAAUCAUCCCUAGGUACUAUGUACACAUCAAAAGAAACAAUUGAAAACUAAAAAAUGAUGUUCUCUUGGGGAGAGGGGAGUUUGUCUCAAAUCUUUGUUAAACUCUUGAUCAAUUGUAAUGUACUUAAAAUCUCUGUACCAUCUACCUAAUGCUUAAAUAAAACAGUGCUUAAUUAAUUA